GUCCCUGAAUGAAGACAGGCCAAGCGAGCGGCGGCAGGUAAACAAACUAGCAAACAUGGUGGCGAGGCGGCUUGAGGGAGCUGCCGUAUGUACUGAAAAUGAGAAUGGCCGCAGCUCCCCCACCAACUCCGACUCGGGGAGCAGCUCAGGCUCCAGCAGCAGCAGCAGCAGCAGCCGAGCCAGCAGCAGGGCCAGCAGCAGGAGCCCCUCAGGUCAGCGCACCCCCUCCCCGGCAGGCAGUCCCCCGCAUGGUGGCCACAGCCCAGGGCAGAGCCGGGGCAGUGUGUCACCCCAUGGCAGCCCUCGCAGUGUGGGCAGUGUGUCCCCUCGGCCAGCCAGUGGUUACCAGCGGGGCAGCAGGAGCAGGAGCAACACCCCCGUCAGCAGGAGUAGGUCCCCCACCCCAGACAGCCGGCCCAGGAGCAGGUCACCCUCCCCUGGCGGGUACAAGGGGGGCAGCAUGACCCCCACUGAUCCCCGGAGCAGGGAAGUGAGCCGCUCCCCCGCCAUGAACAGGUCGCCGGACAGGGAAGCCAGCAGGUCACCACCCGGCAGGGACCACAGCCGCUCCCCUGUCAGGUCACGCUCCCCCAGCAGGUCACCGGUGCGCUCCAGGUCGGGAAGCAGAUCACCGCCAAGAUCCAGAACCCCGAGCAGGUCACCAGUGAGGUCACGCUCCCCCAGCAGGUCACCGCCAAGAUCCAGAACUCCCAGCAGGUCACCCCCAAGAUCCAGAACCCCCAGUAGGUCACCCCUCAGGUCACGCAGCGGCACCCCCUCCCCGCCAAGGUCACGCACCCCGAGCAGGUCACCCCCCAGGUCACGCACCCCCAGCAGGUCGCCGGUGGGGUCACACGUGGGCAGCAGGACCCCCAGUAAGUCCCGCAGUGUGAGUCGCUCCCCCGCCCCCAGACUCAAGGCUUCCCCGGCACCCAGCAGGAAGUCUGGAUCAAGGUCAAGGUCAAGGUCACCCAUUGGCAGUGAUGCGGAGGUCAAGACAGGUGAUGGUGAAGAGGGCGCCAGGAAGGAAGGCUCUGAUGAUGAUAGUGAUGUGGAGAUUGGCAGGAAGCGGAACCGAGCAGUGAUGAGUGACGAUUCUGAUGUCGAUGGUGAGCCUAGGAAGAAGCCGAGGUCAGAUGAUGAUGAGGACAUGAACAUGGGCGACCUUUUUGGAGACGCAGACGACAUCAGCGAGGACGAGGAGGACAAGGCCAAGAAGGAGGAGCGCAGGUCAAGGUCACGCUCAAGAUCACGGUCAAGGUCAAGAUCGCGUUCCAAGUCAAGGUCUAGGUCUAGGUCAAGAUCGAGGUCAAGGUCACGAUCCAGGUCAAGGUCGCGUUCUGGGUCUCCUAAACCAGUGAUUCAAGAGGACGAGGAUAAGGAAGACGAGGGGCCACCUCCGGAGACGAGAAUAGAGGCAGAGAUACCCAAAAUCAACACUGACUUGGGUAGAGAGAUACACUUCAUCAAACUUCCUAACUUCUUGUCCAUAGAAACGCGUCCUUUUGAUCCGGAAAUGUACGAAGAUGAAAUAGAAGACGAGGAGACACUGGAUGAAGAGGGCAGGGCAAGACUGAAGCUGAAGGUGGAGAACACAAUGCGAUGGCGGACAGUGUUUGACAAGGAGGGCAACGCUGUCAAGGAGAGCAACGCUAAGCUGGUCAAAUGGUCUGAUGGCUCCAUGUCGCUGCAUCUUGGCGCGGAGGUGUUUGAUGUGUACAAGCAGCCCCUACAGGGCGACCACAACCAUCUGUUCAUCCGACAAGGGACAGGACUGCAAGGUCAGGCCGUGUUCAGGACCAAGCUCACCUUCCGACCACACUCCACCGACUCAUGCACUCACCGCAAGAUGAUGUUGUCCCUCGCUGACCGCUCCCAGAAGAUCAGCGCUGUCAAGGUCCUCUCCAGUGUCAGCAGGGACCCUGAAAGCAGCAGGGCGGAGAGCAUUAGGAGAGAUGAGGACAGACUGAAGGCUUGCAUGAGGAGGGAGAGCAAGCAGAGGAGGGUGAAGGAGAAGGCGUCCAAUAGAGGCUUGUCUGCAAAUUACCUGGAGCCUGACAACUAUGAGGAUGAGGAGGAGGGAGGCAUUUCACUCGCCGCCAUCAAGAAUAAAUUUAAAAAGCAGAAGAAUGAACGUGCGCCAAUCUACUCCUCCGAUGAAGAGUCAGACAUUGAAACAGACAAGGCCAAGAGGUUAGAGAGGGCCAAACGCAACAUCAAGGACUCAGAAGAGGAGGAGUCAGGCUCAGGAAGUGACAGCGAGGAGGAGGAGGAGGAGGCAGAGGAGGCAGAGGAGGCAGAGGAGGCAGAGGAAGCAGAGGAGGCAGAGGAGAGUGGGAACGAGAGCAGGAAGAGUCGCAGUAAGAGCAGGAGUAGGAGUAAGUCAAAAUCCGCCAGUCGUAGCCGCAGUAGGAGUGUGAGCAGGAGCAGGAGUAGGAGUAGGAGUCGUAGCAGGAGUAAGAGUGGUAGCAGGAGUCCCAGUGGUAGUAGGAGCGGCAGGAGCAGGAGUAGGAGCAGUGGUAGUGAGAGUGACCGAGGUGGGAAGUCUAGGUCUGGUUCGGAUAGUGAGUGAAGAUAGGAAGAUAAAUGAGGUGAGUGGAAGAAAAGAUAAUGAAGGAGGAAAAGAAUGAGGAAGGGAAGGAAGCGAUGAUGAUGAGAUGAAUGUAAGAAAUGAGAAAGAUGAAGGAGAAAAAGAAACAUAAAAUAAAGAGGAGAUAAAAAAAAGAAUGAGGAAGAGAAGGAAGAGAAUAUGAGAAGGAAAAGAUUGAUGAAAGAGAAGGAAAAUAACAAAACAAGAAUAUAGAAAUGGAAAGAAAGAAGAUUGUGAAGGUGAUGAGAAAGACAAGGAAAUGAUAACGAGAAGAAUAGAUGAAGAAAAAAAAACAUCAAAAUAUAAAAAGAAGAAAAAUAGAUUAAAAAAAAAAUAAGAGAGAGGUAGAGAGAAGAAUAAUAUUAAUACUUUAAGUCAAUAAAUAUAGAAUUCAUACUAUUAAGACAGUGAAGAAAGAAAAGCAGUGAAAACAACAACAAUUCUGUCACACCCUCCGAGUCACCCCGUCACUCUUUCACCCUGUCACCCUCAAAGUGCCAGUUGUGGAGAGGGAACAGAUGAAUUUUGAGAUGACUUAAUACACCUUGGAUUGAUUUAGCAACCACCAUAACAACCAGGACCACAACCACUAUUACAACCACCACAACCAAAAUUACAACCAGCACUACAACCAAAACCACCAUAACCACCACCAUUACAACCAGCAUAACAACACCAUAACAUCCAACAACCAAACGUGAUGUGGUGAAGCUGUGGUGAGGUGUGGUAAAACUUUAGACCUGCAUGGAGGAAAGAUUUACCGACCUGCAACCUGCUCUUGUUUUAUUAAGGUAAAUGAAAACGCACUGUUCGAUUCGAGGAACUAAAAAAAUUAUCAGGUUUUUCAUUGUUAUAGUAAAAAUUUUCUUGUGAAUAAAGAAGUAAUUAAUAAAAGGAUGAAGGAUUUAAUUACAUACACUGUUUUGAAGGGAAAUGAAAGCGUCAUUGUAUUGUUAAACUUAGAAAACCACAAACAUAAUUGGGCAUUUCAAUGUUAUAAAAAAAACUGUCUUGGAAUUAGAGUGAGCAGUAAUAAUAUGGUUAAAUACACUGUUUAUGAAGGUAAAAGGAAAGCGUUUUGUGGUGUUAGACCUGAAACACUAAAAAUAAUCACGUUUUUAAUUUAGUAAUAAUUUUGUUUAGGAAAGAAGUAAUUAAUAAAGGAGAAAAUAUUUUGUUACACUGUCUAUGAAGGUAAAUGAAAGUCUGUUUGUGCUGUUAGACUUGAAGAAAUAAAAAUAAUCAGGUUUUUCAUUUAGUUAAAAAUUUUGUUAGGAAUGAAGAAGUAAUUGAUAAUGGAGAAAAAAUUUAGUUACAGUCUAUGAAGGUAAAUGAAAACCUUGACUUUAAAAAAUAAAAAUAAUCAGGCAUUUCAUUGUUACCGCAAAACCGUCUUGAAAAUAAAGGAGAAAUGAAUAAUGCUGACAUUUUAAGACACCAUUAUCAUCUAUCUAUCUAUCUAUUUAUCUAUACCUGCCUGGCAUGUCAUUAAUUCUGAUCAUUGAAAAAGUGAGGAAUUAUUACAUUAUUAGUAAGUGAUAGUGAAGGUUGGGCACUGUGAUUGGGAGAAUACAAAUGAUAUUGAUUGUGACAGUUUAAGAAUAGUGAAGCUAAAAUUUAUUGAUAUUGUGAUCGUUGAAGAAGCAAAGAUUAAAAGGUUAUAGCGAAGAUGGAGCAUUGAAAGUGAAAGAGGAAUAUAAAUGAUAGUGAUUGUGAUGGUUUAAGAAUGGUGAAGCUCUAGGAAUACAACUAAAAAUUUUAAUGAUAUUGUGAUCAUUGAAGAAGCAAGGAAUUAUUAAAAGAUUAUAGCAAAGAUGAAGCAUUGGAAGUGAAAGAGGAAUAUAAAUGAUAGUGAUUGUGACAGUUUAAGAAUGGUGAAGCCUCAGAAAUAUGAUUGAAAACUUUGUCAUUAAUUGUGAUCAUUGAAGAAGCAAGGAAUUAUUAAAAGGUUACAGCGAAGAUGGACCAUUGGAAGUAAAAGAGGAAUAUAAAUGAUAGUGAUUGUGAUGGUUUAAGAAUGGUGAAGCCUCAGGAAUAUGAUUGAAAUCUUCGUCAUUAAUUGUGAUCAUUGAAGAAGCAAGGAAUUAUUAAAAGGUUACAGCGAAGAUGGAGCAUUGGAAGUGAAAGAGGAAUAUAAAUGAUAGUGAUUGUGACAGUUUAAGAAUGGUGAAGCCUCAGGAAUAUGAUUGAAAACUUCGUCAUUAAUUGUGAUCAUUGAAGAAGCAAGCUAAAAAAUGCAUCCCAGUACCUUAAGGUAAUUUUAUAGUUCUGGCGAUGGAUUACCAAGAUUUCUAGGUAUCUUAGGGAGAAACUGUCUUAAAAACCGUCAUCUCUGUGGCCUUGGAAAUUUGUCAUGGUGAGAGAUCAAGGCAUUUCUGUAUAUGGCUGUAACUAUCACUGUACCCAUCACUACCCAUUACUGUCUGGCCUGCCUUGCCCCCCAUUCUCCCUUUCACCCAUUUAUUCACUGCCUGGGUGUGUUAAAUUGUACUAAAGCAUUGUUUUGUAUCCAUUGCUUGUGUGAUCUUGAGUUGAGAAAUAAAGCAUACUGUAUUUUUAA